UGAUGAAGAUGAAGUUUUUGACAGAAUGAAUAACACAUUUAUUUCUUCAGACAAAUUUGAAAGCUGAAUUCAGAAGAUAUAAGACUGAACCAUUUACUUGGUCUAAUGUGAUCACAAGCUUGUGUCAUCCAAUGUUAGCUCAUCUUCUUAGCAAACAUUAGGCAGAUACUGCAGUAUGAAAAACAUGGCCGACAGACUGAUCUUUGUAUUCACAACACCUACUAUGCAUUGCAUUUAUUGUAUGAAAAACUCAUAUUUUAGGCUGUAUGUUAUUCUAAUUAGAAAAUGAUGGGACAACCAUUAGGUUUGGCAACACAUAUGCAAAUGAAACAGUCCAGGAUGUUAAUGUCCUGAGCAAACAGAGUUUGAGCUUGAUUUGUUCUGCUGCGUGCUGAAACAAACACAGUGGGUGUGUGACAGACUACUAUUGAAACAGCUUCAUGACACAAGUUGACUGAUGGUCUGGCACCAUGCUGGAAGGCUACAGCCCUAUGACCCAGGCCCUCCUGGGAACUCUGUUCACCUGGGGUCUCACUGCUGCUGGAGCUGCCCUGGUGUUUGUCUUCUCCAGCCAGCAGAAGCGCAUCUUGGAUGGAAGUUUAGGCUUUGCAGCUGGGGUAAUGUUGGCAGCUUCUUAUUGGUCAUUGUUGGCACCAGCAAUUGACAUGGCGGAGGAUUCUGGGAAGUACGGCUCAUAUGCUUUCCUACCUGUGGCUGUAGGAUUCGCUCUUGGGGCAGCCUUUGUUUACUUUGCUGACCUGGCAAUGCCCCUGCUGGGUGUAGGUGCUGACCCCCACAUAGCCUUGACUCUGCCCCCCGAAUCCAAGCAGGCCAAAGAGAAAGCAGAGGAGCCCUCAUUCCAGCUCCUGGAUGAGGAGAUGACCAUCAGGAUAGGUAGAGCUGGACGUUUCUCAGAUAAAAUAGACAAUGGAGAUGUGUACCAGAGGAGAAGAGGACCUCAUUCGGCCAGCUCAGAUGUACAGGAAACAGAAAGUAAACAACAGGACGUUGUUAGACGAACAGGAAGCAGCUGGCGGCGAAUUCUUCUCCUCAUCCUUGCCAUCACCAUCCACAACAUCCCAGAGGGUUUGGCUGUGGGGGUUGGAUUUGGAGCCAUUGGAAAGACUUCAUCUGCUACUUUUGAAAGCGCCAGAAAUCUGGCCGUUGGUAUCGGUAUCCAGAACUUCCCAGAAGGCUUGGCUGUGAGCCUGCCGCUCCGGGGUUCAGGGGUCUCAACAUGGACCGCCUUCUGGUACGGUCAGCUGAGCGGCAUGGUGGAGCCUAUUGCUGGGUUGCUGGGCGCAUUCGCCGUUGUCUUGGCAGAGCCUUUGUUGCCAUAUGCGUUGGCAUUUGCUGCUGGGGCGAUGGUUUACGUGGUGGUGGAUGACAUCAUACCCGAAGCUCAAGUCAGUGGAAACGGGAAGCUGGCAUCCUGGACCUCCAUCCUGGGCUUCAUAGUGAUGAUGUCACUCGAUGUGGGGCUGGGCUGAGGCCAGCAGAACCAGACAGGCCAGGACGUCAUCACAGUCCAGCUGACGUCAGCUUUUAACAAAAGGGGACCAAAUGAAGUGUUUUAUUCUAAACGCCGUUCAUGCAUUUUGUUUGAAUCGUUGCUACUUGAAAUUCAGAAAUGAUACAGAAAUUUUGUAAUAUGAGUCGCGAGGAUGGCUGGACUCAAGUUUUUGUUCUCAUGCUCGCAUUCAUUCAAGAGCAGCUGUCAGUUUUUUUCAAAUGGCAGAUACCUCAUUUAGGAAUGAAUUUAGUUCACGUUAAGGGACAGCUUUUUGAGUUCUUUUUCAAAAACGUUAUUUUAAAAACAGAAAUCGUCAGUUCUAAAAGUUAAAUGAAUGUUAUUUUGUAGUUAACUGCAACUGGUUUGUGUAUUCCUAGUGAUGACGAUACUUGAUUUGGUCAUUUAUGGGACCACUGAGGAAUUUUUAGGCUUUGCUUACUCCAUUCAGACUCCUGCUUUAUCUUUAUCACUGAAAGGACAUCCUGGUACUGUGUGGUAAUGGCGACAUGCCUACACAGUUUGGACUUUUAUGAGGAUCCGCUAAGUCAGAAGUCAUACUUGGCAUAGUUUACUUUAUCCUGUUAUACAGCUCAAUGUAGAGUGCCUCUCCUUCUCAGGGCACAGUCUCCUGCCACCUACAGGUCAGUCUGAAGAACCAUGUUGUAGGCCAUGUCUAAUUAUUUCAAUGCAGGUGAAGUUAACGCUGAAUAAUGUGAAGUAUUUAUAUGAUUAAACAACCAAGUGAUUCUCA